AUGGAGUGUUGUUGGAGAGAAUUGUACGAGGAAUGGGAUCUUGCCGAGAAUAAGUGGUUGAGCAACUUGUACUCACUGAGGGAUAAGUGGGGUCCAGCUUUUAAUCGUGAUAUAUUCUCAGCUGGGAUUAGAUCUACUCAACGAAGUGAGAGCACAAACAAGGUUUUCAAGCAGAUGUCUUGUGGCACAAUGACAUUGACAGAGUUUGUGAACCACUAUGAGAAGCGAGCUGAGAAGAUGCGUGAAGCGCAGGCUAUGGAUGAUUUUGAGUGCGUUAGCGGUAGACCUCGGCGAAUUGUGAACACAGGGAUUAUCAAACAUGCAUCUGAGGUGUACACUAUACACAGUUUCAGAAAGUUUCAAGAGGAGUUCCUCGCUGUUAUGGAAUGGCGUGUUGCUAAUACACAUGUUGAGGAUGCAGCUUGUACUUUUGUUAUGGUUCAGGAGUUUGGGCAAAGGCAACACACGGUUCAUUUCAAUGUUAAUGAGCUGACAAUUGCUUGCACAUGUAAAUUCUUCGAGUCAAAAGGUUGGUUGUGCCGACAUGCACUAUGUGUCAUGAACAACCAUGUUAACCUCAGUAACAUUCCAAAUCAAUAUGUUUUGCAAAGAUGGAGAAAAAAUGCGAGAGGAGUUUCCAUUGGUGACUACUAUGGUUCAAGCUCUAAAGAUACAGUAUCACCACUGACACUGCAUUCAAAGGAUCUAAUGCGACUACCCUUCAGUGUGAUGAGCCUUUGUGCAAAAGACGUUGCUACUGUUUAG